AUGCUUCCCACCGAACUUUGUCAGGAAAUCAUCUCUACUCUCUGGGCGUCCCCUCUCUCGCCCUCUGAACGAGCUGCCUUUAUCAAAUCCUCUUUACUCGUUUCACGAACAUGGAACGCUAUCUUUACUCGUGUGUCUUCCCGGGACGUUCACAUCCUCAGUUCGUCCCACGGACUUCAAUUCAUUGAUCUCCUCCUCGGCAAUACUCGAACGUUCCAUCUGCAGUUGCUCGACCAGCUCUGUCACUCCAUAACCAUCCAGCACUCGAACAAAGCCCUCCUCCCCGGUCCGGAGAAUGAAAAAGACCAACCUUUAGGUCUAGUCAUCUACGCCAUCUUGGAUAUCAUUUUUAUGUCUCCUGACCGGUUACCCUCCCUCCGCCGCAUCUCGUUCAACCUCGAGAACUACCUCAUGGAAACCAUCUUUACUCGCAACAAAUUCCUCUACCUCCCGCCCCAAAUCGAAGAGUUGGAAUUCGGCUUUUCGUAUAGCGAUGAUACCGAUCCCUUGGUCAUCCAAGCUAUUAAAAGCCGGUCUUAUGAGUUAUUCGAUAUCCCGCCCCAUUCGAUGACACAUAUCCGGAAGUUGAGGGUGCUUGGAACAUCAAGCGGGGUCGCGAAGGAAUUACUUGAGGCUUGUGGCGGAUACAGCAAUCUUGAAUUGUUUGAGCAGGAUGCUUGGAAGGACGCCUCCGUCACUAAGACUUGGCAGACACCUGUCUUUUCGACUUCCGAAUCCUCUUCCUCUCCAAGCAUAAACUCGCCACCUCUAGUUCUUGAUGGAGACGAAUUACAAGCCGAUAAUGAGAAGGCAGACACCUGGAAUCUUGACUCGGAAAGUAAAAAUGCGGAUGGCGCCACGCUAGUCGAUGAUUCCAGUGCUAUCGAAGAAGCGCACUGGCCAGUGCACAAGGAAAAUAUGCGCGUUCGAAAUUUCUUUUCAAAGAGUAUUCUGAGGCGCGUCUUGCGCGUCUUUCGCAGACGACAGCAAGCACAAGAUUGA